AUGGUUUCCAUUAGUGUUAAACCCCGCUCCAGAAAACUCAGAGAAGUCUCAAUUGAGUCUUUCUCUCCAGAUGCCCCACUUUCUGAAUUGGUUGAUGUCAUUGCCGCCAAAAAUAUCAUCAGUAAGCACCGGUUGAGACUCACCCAAAUCCAGGAACCAGUCGAUCAAAAGAAAACCGAUUCUAAAGGUAAACCAAUCCGUCCAAAGCACUUGGCCCUCAAUUUGGAAAAAAACCUCGCCGACAACGGCAUCGCUGGUGAUGAAGUCACCCUUUAUGUCAAAGACCUUGGUCCACAAAUCUCAUGGCGUACCGUGUUUAUUCUUGAAUACUUGGGUCCAUUGUUGAUCCACCCAGCAUUCUAUUUCUACUAUGGUUCUUUCGAAGAGCAUUCAUACACUCAAACUGUGAGUUUCUUCCUCGUAAUGCUCCAUUUCCUCAAGCGUGAGUACGAAACUAUCUUUGUCCACAAGUUUUCGCUCAGCACCAUGCCAUUAUUCAACUUAUUCAAGAAUUCCGGGCACUAUUGGUUACUUUCCGGGCUCAAUUUGGCAUUCUUCAUCUACUCUCCUAACGCUUUGCCAGAAUCUUUGGCGGUUGCCGGACCUCUUAAGAAAAUCGCUUUCCAUACCUCUAAUCAUUCAGAAGACACUUUGAACAUUUUGGUGGGUCUUUGGGCGUACAGUGAAGUUUCCAACUUCAUCACCCAUUUAAACUUGUCUAGCUUGCGCUCUCCAGGGUCUACCGAACGUAAGAUCCCAAUGGGUUAUGGUUUUACUUUUGUGAGUUUCCCAAAUUAUUUCUUUGAAAGUUUGUCAUGGUUGUUCUUUGCCUUAAUCAACAACAACUUGUUCUCUUAUCUUUUCUUGAUUGUUGGCUCAUUACAAAUGAUGGUUUGGGCUACUAAGAAGCACAGAAGAUAUCUCAAGGAUUUCGGUGACAAGUACCCAAAAAAGAGAAAGAUCUAUAUUCCUUUCCUUUAUUAA